AUGCAAGACGCUGAUGAGGCGUCAAGAGAGGCUAGAGGGCAUCGAUUGUCUGGUCGCAUCCAUAUCCUCGGCCUUGGAAAUGUCGGAACUUUCGUCGCCCACUCUCUGGCAAGUCGGCCGUCCCCACCACCCAUCACUCUUCUGCUCCAUAACCCAGAUGUAUACGCGUCUUGGUUAGCGAAGAAGAAGUGCCUGUCUAUCAAUAGCAACGGACUGGAUGAUAUCAAGACAGGGUUUGACGUUAACGUUUUGCAUGAUAAAACAUGGCAUUCAUUUCCGUACUGGAACAAAGAAGAUGGAACACCGAUAGAGGAUCAGCAAAUUUCUGACGAGACUCUGGACGAAACUGUCGAAGAUUCAUUGGCACAUUCGGCAGAGGAUGAUGAACAAAUCGAAUGCUUGAUCGUUUCUGUCAAGGCACCUGUGACAGCAAUGGCUUUGGAGUCCGUCAGUCACCGCCUGACUCCCGACUCUACCGUCCUAUUUCUUCAAAAUGGAAUGGGUACUAUCGAUGAAGUUAACGAGAAAGUUUUUCCUGAUCCUCAUCAACGUCCACACUACAUGUUUGGCAUUGUCAGCCAUGGCCUGGCGCGAAGAAAAGACCCGUUUCAAGUUUCUCAUACUGGUGUGGGCACAACCAUAUUGGGGCCCGUGCUACCGCAUAGCACAGGCUCCCUUACAACGAGUGAAAAUGAGGUUGAUUGGCCCCCAAGCACCAAAUAUCUGCUCCGCACCCUCACCCUUACGCCGCCCCUAGUCGCUGUCGCUGAAACCCCUUCUUCACUUAUGCUUUACCAGCUGGAGAAGUUAGCGAUGAAUUCCGUCAUCAACCCUCUGACAGCCUUGAUGGAUUGCGAAAAUGGCGAACUCCUUUACAAUUAUAGCUUUACUCGUAUAAUGCGGCUUCUGCUUUUUGAAAUUUCGAGUGUGGUCUGCAGUCUGCCGGAACUCCAGGGGAUACCUGGAAUAGAAAGUCGUUUCUCUCCUGAACGCUUACGGUGGAUGGUUACACAACUUGCGAAUAAGACAGCCAAGAACCACAGCUCCAUGUUGCAGGAUGUGCGUGCCAGAAAAACGACAGAGAUCGAGUACCUGAACGGCUACAUCGUGCGCAGGGGCGAGGAGCUGGGCAUCAAGUGCGUCGUGAACUACAUGAUCAAGCACUUGGUAUUGGCAAAACAGCAACGGUCAAAGCAGCGAGAAUCAGGCGCCAUACCGGUUGAUAUUAUGAGAGAUUUUGAGGACGAAAAAUUUUAA